AUGGAGAGCAAAUCAAACAUAUACUUAACUCCGAUUCUUGUUAUAUUGAUCAGCCUAUACUAUGGCCCUGUCGCGGCCACACCAAGGCCACCGCGAUAUGGCCGGGUCCAUUUCGUGCUGGUUCAUGGGGCUGGCCACGGGGCUUGGUGUUGGUAUAAACUCAUACCAUUCUUGAAAUCUCAAGGCCACAACGUAACCGCAGUGGACUUAGCAGCGUCCGGGAUCGAUCUACAACGGCCUGAGACUCUACGAUCGGUCGCGGAGUAUGUUGAGCCAUUAAUGGGCCUAAUGAAGAGUCUAUGCGAUGGUGAGAAGGUGAUUCUCGUGGCACAUAGUUUAGGUGGGCUUGCUAUCUCCAAGGCUAUGGAGAUGUUUCCGGAUAAGGUUCAUAUGGCUAUUUUCGUGACUGCCUUAAUGCCUGGCCCGACCUUCAAUUUCACUUCGGUUUCUCAAGGGUUGGUGAGAUGGCAAGCUCCACAACUCGACUUGAAGUUAGUAUUUGGAGAUGGGCCUGAUAAACCUCCUACACUUUCRAUUGGAGGCCCACUAUUUAUUUCAUUAACUAUGUAUGACCUUAGUCCUAAAGAGGACGUGGAAUUGGCGGGGUUAUUGGUACGGCCACAAAGGUUAUUCACCAACGAAGAGAUAGACAGAAGUCUUGUGCUUACACCCAAGAGAUACGGGUCGGUAAACCGGAUCUUUGUAGUGUCCGAGAAAGAUAAAUCGUUGAUGAAAGAGUUUCAGCUUUGGAUGAUCAAGAACAACCCUCCUAACCACGUGGAGUAUAUUCAGGAUUCUGAUCACAUGGUAAUGAUUUCUAGGCCUUUAGAUCUCGGUGCUCGUCUUUUGUAUUUGGCUAAGAAGUUCGCUUGA